UGAUCGACUGGAUCACAGAUCUCCACUUCCUGACACUCAGCAGAACUCUGGAUUUGGUUUUAGGCUGCAUCUCUCAUGUUUGUUUGACUCCAGCAGGCUGUGACAGUUCGCUCAGCAUGCUGCUGGCCAGUCGCAUGGUGGUGGGGUGGCGUACCGGGCUGCUCCUGCUGCAGGUGAUCCACGGCUCUACCAGCUCCAGACACAGAUCAGAAGAGUCAGUGGUGCUGGAUGAACAGUCUGCAGCCUCCUUCCUGUCCCGUCACCUGCUCCGCAACAGCUUUGACUUUGAGCUGCUGGUGCAGGGAAACUUGGACAGGGAGUGCAUCCAGGAGAUCUGCUCGUAUGAGGAAGCCAGAGAGAUUUUUGAGGAUGACCUGCAGGGGCUGAAGGACUUUUGGGACUCAUACAGCAAAGAUCCAAGCAGUCUGUCCCGAGUGGACGUGUCAGGACUGGUGGCCGGCGUCCUGGGUGCGCUCGUGUGUGCGGUCAUCGCCACGAUUCUGGGAGUCUACUUCUACAAAAGCAAGAAAAAGAAGGAGAGGAGGGGGGCCAGACCUCCUGUGAGGAUGGAAGGAGAUGGAGGUCCAGUUCCUGAGGGGGUGCCGCUAGCUGAAAUCAUCCCCCCCCCUCUGCCCAGUUAUGGUGAAGCCUUGAGACACAGUGGACAUUAUGAUGGCCCCCCACCAUCUUAUUCAGGGGACGCGCCCUCACCGCCUCCUCCAGAAGACUCGUAGCCAGAGCCGACAGCGCCUGCCCUCCUCCCCCCAGCGAGCACCGCUUUGAGUUAACUUCUCAGGGACGCGCGCGCGUCUCACUGCUCCUACAGCACUCUUUGUUGGAGAGGCUGUCUGCGCGCGCGCGUCCGCGUGAAUGGAGUGUGUGUGUAUUUUUAGAGCUGAAAUAAACCGACUUAUUAAAGAAUGUGAA